UGGUCUACGGGUUACCAAUGACUCAUCAUGUUGCUGCUGUUGUUCUAUGUUGUAGUUGGAAGUUGAACACAUGGAGCAUUUUCACCACUCGCCUUUUAACUUCUUUCUAGUGUGAUUUGUCGACCUCCAUUUCCAAGGGAAGUGCACGUUGCCAUGUUCGUUAUAUUGCUUACGAGCGGCGUUUAACAUGCAUUCGGAUGAUUUUGAUGCUCCACUCUACUGGUGGGGAUUAAAUUGCGUAUCGUUGCCCAUUCGAGGAGAGUGGCUGGCGCUGAAUAUGGCUACUUCAUGCGGCACACUUCCUUAUUAUACUUCUAUUCCGUGUAUGAGAAUCUCGCUGAGCACGAAGGCUAGCGUUAACUUGGACUUCACUAUAAUGUCCAUCAGGACACAUGAACCUUUAUCAAGGAAAGUGGAAGAGGGCCAUAAUGAUCUAUGUGCCAAGCAGGAGGAGGUUCUGGAGGUUAGAGAUGAAAUUUUGAUGUUUGGCGGCAGAGACGAAAGCUCACGCAUCUGCAGCUCCUCUCGACACUGCUUGAACCAUCCCGGGACUUCGAAAUGGGUCCAACACUUUCACAUGCUAUGUUGAAGCCUCAUCAUGAUCAGCUUGAGAUCUGGAGCUAAACAGUUUUAUUCAAAUCGGGUAUGUCACUUGUGUCUCUUUCGAGUGAACUAGUUACGUGUGUUUUCAUACAUCACUUUGUAUUUUCCAGCAUGUUCAAGUGUGUCUGGUUCGUGUUGGUCCCCUUUCUCCAAAAAUGUUUGAUUGUGGCAGGAGAACGAAUAGUGAGGUCAAAACUUGCAGUGGACUUUAGGCGAAGUCAAUCUAAUGGCUCAUCAUUAUAUUGGCUUGUAUGUUCUACUUUCGUGUCCAUUUUUGUAAUGUUUUUUUAGCUGUCUACAGAUCUGCCUUAUUGCAAGUAGCUGUAAACACCUUGCUUUUGGAGUUCAAACUAUAUCUCUAUCCUCUCCUACACGUAUCUAGGGACAGGAAUACGUACAUAUUCAACUAUUAUUGAGGGCCCAACUACUCCCGACCUUGUCUUCCAUUUAUCUUGCUCGUCGGAACAUCUGAAGCAGUUCAAGUUACUUCCUGUUUGUUGCUAUACAGCUAUUUUAUCUUUAUUUUAAUGCAGGGCUGAGUUUGAUUCCUUAACGAGGGCAACCAAAGCACCAGAAUAGGUGUAUAGUAAGGUGGCCAACUCUAUAAGAAAGGACAGUACACUAUACAAAGUAGUCAGAUUUCGUCCGUCUGUAGUAGCUUGGAGCCUAAUGUUUUGUCAAGCGAGUCGUCGUCAGGAGGAAACUGGUUAAUGGACAGUAGAUAAAUGGUGACGAAGCCAACAAAUUGUCGAUACUUUUGAUGUACGGUGUUUUCAUGGAAGCAAGUUAACCUACGAAUUUUAAAAUGGAAUAGACGUGAAACUGCGUUGCGUGUCAUAUAACGUCGAGCUUCAACCCUUCUUUUAUUGUAAGUAAUUUAGAAUUUGUGUAUUUUCUGUUGAAUGGCAUUGUCAAACAUUGUCUAAAACAUAUGCUGUGGGGGUAAAGUGAUAGCGACUGCGUAGUCCCGUCAAACUUUAUACACUCUUUCAGAUUAGUUAUUUGAAUACAAGAAAAUUUCAACGCGCUUAGUUAGGACCUAAUAACAAACAAUAAGUUCACAACUGUGACACAUAUAACUGCAUGUGCACAUAAAUUUGCAGUAAUCAAAAUUCUACAGUGAAGGACUUUUUUUUUCGAAGUGCGAAAGAGUAUUUUGGGUGAGGAGAUGUAUUGUACAAUCAUUCUUAGUUUCACGGUUUCCAAUCAUUAGAAAACUAGAAAUGUUUCAUUUUUAUUCAUGGUGAUUUAAAUAAAUAACAAUUAGAAAUAUUAAUUCAUAGUGGAUUAUUUAUUAUUUUCAUGUUGAGAACUUUUUAUACUUCACGAUUAAACAAUAAAUGUGUAAAUUAACAAUGUGUUUUUUAUUAAAACAUUUACAAAACAUUAACAGUGUGAAAAUUUGUUGUUAGAUAUAUUCAAAGCAAUAUAUAAAAGUUACAACCCAUAGAUUGAUAAGUUAAAAAUCAAAUGAUUGAUAUAAUGUACAAAUGUAUUACGUUUGAAAUACAUAUGAAGCAAAUGAUAUGUAUAUGGAUUGUACACUAAUCCAUUAGAAAAGAAGAGAAUCGUAAUAUGACAAUUUGUAACACUAUAAAUUAAACC